UGCGUGGCUCUUACUGCAGUAAAAAGUUUGAGUAUUCAAGCAUGAUGAAGAAGAAAAUGAGGACAUUUCUGAGAAUAAUCGGCUUUUAAACGAUCAUAAUUCUGUUAGAAAUAAUAACUCAAAUGGUCAACAUAAUAAUUAUGGGACUAUUUCAGGUAGAAUGGGAGAAAAAAUUGUAAGAUAACCUAAUGUCUCUCAGCAGCAACCUGGUACUGAACUUCAACUUGAGCAAUCUCGACAGAAUGCCAAUGCUCAAUUAGAUUCUAGUGUUGAUGAAGAGUAUAUUUGUCCUGUUAUUUUGGCGCUGAAGAAGGAAGUGAUUAUCUCUCUGCUCAUUUUUCGAUUUUUUACCUUUAUAAUUGAGAGAUACUGAGCACACCAAAUUAACUCAAAUAUAAAUCCCCCUCAAAGUGAAGUGAAGACACUGUGAAACCCAAGGAGUCACAAUAGUGAAGAGAGUUACCUCUAAGUAUCAAUGGUUUGUGUGCCUUUGGAUGAUUACCUUCUGCUUCCUCUGAAUCGCAUGGACUCCAUUUUGAUUUGAAAGUUGUAAAGAUAUCCAUCAUUGAUGAGAACAUAUUGGUGAAGCUCUGCUUAAGAGUGAUAUUGAUGCCAUUCAUUCAGCACUUAAAGAUAGAAAAAUUCAGAUAAUACGACAAAAGAAAAAGCACUUAGGAGACUAGGAAAAGACCCUCAUCCAGCCUUAAUGCAGAGAGAACUAGAAGAACCAUCUAGUGAUCUUGCUUAUGAUGGAGUUAUGCAUCCCUUUGCCUCUGUUUUUUAUUAAUGGAACCAACCGUGAAAAUCAAAGAUAUAUUCUGAAUUAUGAUCAAAACUAACUCCAAUCAAUAAGAUUUAGACAGAAUAUUUGCUA